AUGACCCACUACCAGGCUCUAUUGUUAGACACAGACCGAGUGAUAUUCGGACCAGUUGUCUCCCUCAACCCCGCAACCCUGAUGCCCUUGCCAGACCCAUCCGAGGAGCACAACUGCCUCCAGAUUCUGGCGGAGGCCCAUGGCACCUGUGCCGAUCUAACAGAUCAACCUCUGUCGAACCCAGAUUUCAUCUGGUUCACGGAUGGGGGCAGCUUCCUCCAAGAAGGAGAAAGGAGGGCCGGAGCAGCCAUCACCACCGAAUCAGAGGUAAUUUGGGCCUCGCCGCUGCCACCCGGUACAUCGGCCCAAAAGGCAGAACUGGUUGCGCUAACCCAGGCCCUCCGGAUGGCGGAAGACACCUUUUCAGGAUGGACAGAGGCCUUCCCUACCAAGAAGGAGACCGCUAACAUGGUAACCAAGAAACUCCUGGAUGACAUCUUUCCCAGCCCUACCCUGGAGGCGCACCUCCAAGCCCUCCAACUGGUACAGAAGGUGGUGUGGAAACCCCUGGCCGAUGCCUACCGGGAACAACUGACCCGCCCGGUGGUGCCUCACCCAUUCAAGAUUGGGGACUCUGUCUGGGUUCGACGCCAUCAAUCCAGGAACCUAGAGCCGAGAUGGAAAGGACCGUACACCGUCUUGUUAACAACUCCCACUGCACUCAAGGUUGACGGGAUAGCGGCUUGGGUCCAUGCGUCGCAUGUAAAGGCUGCCAAAGAACUCGACGAAGCUGAGAACACCGAGACGUCUACAUGGAGGGUUCAACGCUCUCCAAACCCACUAAAGAUAAGACUCACCCGUGGGCCCCCUUAAUCCCCUUGAUAGCCCUCCUGACAAUAGGAGGGGCAUCACCAGAGAGCCCCCACAUGGUUAAGAAACUUACCUGGC